AUGCCCGGCCUCAAGAAGGAUGUACUGUCGAUUGAAGGCAUCUACUAUGACACGGAGAAGCUUGCACGGAUUCACCCUGGCGGUGCGGUGAUGGUACGACUCUGCAACGGCCGCGAGUGCACGGCGAUCUUUCUGACCUACCACCGCCGCCGCUUCCCCCACGCGCUCUACGAGGAGUACCAAGUACCCAAGGAGCAAGUGCAUCCUGACAGUCUCAUCGAGCAACGCCAGCAGCCGCGCUACGAGAGUUACCUCGAGUUGUGCAGCAGAAUUCAGCCAAUUAUUGCACAAACCAAGGGCUUUGCUCCGUGGUACUACUACCUGAAGGCGGGGCUCUGGCUAGCGGUGAUGCUCGGGCUCGAUCUCUACUCCCUGUUCUACCACCGUGCGUACUUCUUAACUCUGAUUCAGUCGUUUUCCAUGGCCAUGGUCGGCCUGAACGUCCAGCAUGACGCCAACCACGGCGCACUGAGCCGCAACUGGCGCGUUAACCGCGUUCUGGGGUUCUCCCAGGAUCUGCUUGGCGGCAGCAGCAUCAGGUGGAUUGUGAACCACAACUACAUCCACCACGUCUAUACUAAUGAGCCGGAGCGGGACGCCGAUCUUGAUAUUCCGCUGCUCCGCUUGCACAGUGGGAUCCCGGUCAGGCUGGCCUACUGCCUGCAGCAGUUUUACAUCCUUCUUCUCGAGGCCUUCUUUGGUCCUGUGCAUGUGCUCUCGAACAUCAUCUUCCUCGCCAAGGGCCCGAAUGAGAAGCAGCGUCUCCUCAAGAGGCAGUGGGGCAUGAGUCUGUGCCUGCUCUCCAUCAUUCCCUACCGUCUUGUAUGCAACUUUCUGCACGCGACGAGCUUCGGCGACGGCGUGGUGAACUGCCUGCUGCAGUACAUGCCUGGCGGCUUCUACCUUGCCGGCUUCUUUCUCAUGUCACACAACUUCGACGGCGCCAAAAAGGUUGGCACGAGCGACGGGCGCGAUUUUGUUGCCUGUCAGACGGAGACGAGCUGCAACUUUGGUGGCUGGUGGUGGGGUCAGAUAAACGGUGGCCUCAACUUUCAGAUUGAGCACCACCUUUUUCCACGAGUGCACCAUAGCUACUACGCUUACCUCGCACCGGUUGUGCGCCAGUUUUGUAAGGAGCGCGGCUUUCCCUACGUCAGCUACAAGACGUUUCAGGAGAACAUGAUGAGCACGUUUCGCCACAUGGAGCAGUACGGGCGUGGCCAGGAGAAAGUGAAGAGCGCCUAG